AUGUGGUCGCCACUUGUCAAUCUCAUCAAGCAACUACCUGCGCUGAACGACUUAGUAUGGCGCGAACAUGAGAAAUUACCACUUCCUAUCUUGAACACACUUCACCGAGAUAUUCCGCGGUGCCGCCUUCAUCUCGAAAGCUUGUGGUUACGCAGCGAUUUCUUUCCUGACACGUACACCCGCGAACUGGAAAUUCUUGGAUCCCCCUCACUGUACUCUGUGAAGAUACAAGCACCUUUGGGGACAGGAAGGAAGGUCUCCAGCUUGCUUUAUGACUCAUGGAUUUCUGCUGGCUUGUUCCCUGCCGAGAGGCAACGCGAAAGCGUUUCAAUUUUGCUAAGAUCAGCACCGAACCUGAAGAAAGUUCGCCUUGAAGGGUGGAGCGAGAUGUUCAAACUUCCCUUGUCGCAGCAAGGUAAUGUUCCUUUACGCCUAGCUUCGCUAAAAAGCUUCGAUGCCUUUCUAUAUGGAGAACAGAUCAACCACGGGGUUGUGAAUGGAUUGAGCCAUUAUAUUGAUUUUUCUUCACUGCGGGAUCUCAAGCUCUCGCGGGCUCAUUCGACUGAGCUGCUUGGCAUGGUGCAUCUUUCGUUUCCGGAACUAGAAACGCUUUCAUUGAAUCUUCAAAAAGAAUCGCAGAGUCUUGAUAUGGCUGACUUUUAUGCAACUGCGACUCGGUUCCUAAAAAGCCUACCACCAUUGAUUGAGAUUGAAUUGAUCAGGUGGCACUCACUUGUUUCUAUUGAGUCCGUUCUCAAACACCAUGGCUCGCAUUUACGAAAGCUCAAGAUUAUUGACCCUUUGCUUUUGCAAACCUUCAACAAGCAGGACAUUGACUUAAUAGGCCAAAAUUGUCCACAUCUUCAAGAUUUGGCGAUCACAAUCAAUCGAACGCAAGGCGACUCCAGAGAGGUCUCUUUGUACAAAUCAUUGGGAUCGAUCAAGAAUCUCAAAUACAUCAAGCUCAACUUUGAGCCCUUUCCAGCCAUUCAAUCAUCCGGUCUACCAUCUCGCGAAGAAGUGAUCAGCUCGAAGAAUCUACUUAGUUUUCUGGGCCACGAUCUGCCUGCGGAGUCAUUUUUUGAUGAAUUUGACAAUCAAUACUACCCUCACUACCUCGGGUAUCCUUUCAAAAUUCGAAAUGGGCACAUGCGAAGGCUGAUAAUUGAUUCCAUCAUCGAUGAAACACUUUCAUCUGCCAUAUUCCAACGAAUUUGCUCAGCGAAGGCUCCAGGAUGUCCACUUCUAGAAGGCCUCACGAUCAAGAUAAAUCGUAUAGGUGCACAAGAGAUGCACUGGAUGGUGAGCGAUAUUGACGGAUCCUGGCGUGUUCAGCGCAAGUUGAGAGACUUUGGCUGUGAGAGGUUGUCAAUUGAGCAGUCGAAACUCUGGGAAAAGUAUCCCCAUUUCAAACUGUGGAGUGAGAGGAGGAAAGAUUUUCACUUGGAUGAAGGUCUGUCAGUGAUUUUCAAUGAACUUUUCCCUGGAGCAAAGCCAAAAAAACAACCGCGGAAGGUUUCAAAGAAGUUGGCAAGUAAGAGAGCAAAGGAAAAGCAGGAGCUUCCCGUGACCUGGUGGCGUCAUGUACAUAGCUUCCCUCUUGCUGCUGAUGAGGCUGGCCAAAUAUGA